AUGAAAACAUCAAACAUUGGUGUACAUGUCAUCACUGAGUUUAUACAACUAUUGUCCUCCUCCUACAAAGGGACACCAUCCUUAGUUUUAUCAUUAGUCUUAACCAUAGUUGGUGGUAUUAUAUUAGGCUACUUUUAUACACCAUUUUGGGGCGUUAGAAGAGUACCUGGUCCUCCAGCCAUUCCUUUUCUUGGACACUUGCAUUUGCUUGCUCAACAUGGUCCUGAUUUAUUUUCUAUACUUGCCAAGAGAUAUGGCCCUAUUUUCAGGUUUCACUUGGGGAGACAACCGAUAGUGAUUGUGGCUAAUCCAGAGUUAUGCAAAGAAGUUGGGAUCAAGAAAUUCAAAGACAUGCCCAAUAGAAGUAUCCUUCCUCCUAUAUUGGCUUCCCCAAUCCAUCAAAAAGGUCUCCUCUGGAUAAGGGAUUCAAAAUGGUCAGCUAUGAGGAAUAUUAUACUUUCAGUCUACCAACCAUCACACUUGGCAAAAUUAGUCCCAAUGAUACAAUCUUAUAUUAAAAUGACAUCUCAAAAUCUUCCAAAAGAUGACCAAGAUAUAAACUUUGAUGAAUUAUCGCUCAAACUUGCUACUGAUGUGAUUGGGGAAGCUGCAUUUGGCUUUGAAUUUGGGCUUUCCGCGUCAAACAACCAUCACAAGGAUGAUAAACAAACCGAGUCAUUUAUCAAGCAACACAUAUUCUCCACCACAACACUUAAAAUGGACUUGUCCGGUCCAAUCUCAACCAUCAUAGGCCUCUUCCUUCCAAUACUCAGAAAGCCCGUUUGCCAGAUACUUAGUAAACUUCCCUACACUAUGGACUGGAAACUUGACCGAACAAAUAAGACGUUGACUAGUCAAAUAGACGAAAUUGUGCACAAGAGAAUGAACCAAAAGGAAAGAGGAUCAAAUGAUUUCUUGUCACUGGUAAUAAAUGCAAGUGAAUCAGACACUGUUUCAAAGAAGUUAUUCACACCAGACUACAUCUGCGGCAUAACGUGCGAACACCUUCUGGGUGGCUCAGCAACCGUAGCGUUUACUCUCUCCUCCGUCGUCUAUCUGGUUUCCGGGCAUCUAGAAGUUGAAAAGAAGUUGCUUGAAGAGAUUGAUGCUUUUGGUCCACUGGAUCAAGUUCCAACUGCUGAUGAUAUACAAUCAAGAUUCCCAUAUCUUGAUCAGGUGAUCAAAGAAGCAAUGAGGUUCUAUUCGGUUGCUCCAUUGAUACCAAGGGAAACAUCCACAGAAGUAGAUAUUGGAGGUUAUGUUCUCCCUAAGGGAACAUGGGUAUGGCUGGCGACCGGAGUCUUAACAAAGGACCCAAAUAAUUUCCAAGAGCCCGAAAAAUUCAAGCCAGAGAGAUUCGACCCAGGUUGUGAUGAAGAAAAACAAAGGCAUCCCUACGCCUAUUUACCUUUCGGAAUUGGACCUAGAAUGUGCAUUGGUCAGAAAUUUGCAUUCUUAGAGAUCAAGCUCACGUUGAUCCAUCUGUACCAGAGAUACAUAUUUCGACACUCGCCCAAUAUGGAAAAACCAGUGGAACUUGGUUUUGGCAUUAUUCUUAAUUUCAAACAUGGUGUCAAGGUUAGAGCCAUCCAACGGAUGUAAAUGAUCUCACUAAUUUAGAAAAAAAUUUAGUGUAUGGAAUCGAUGUGUUGAAAUUUUUAUAGCAAAAUAUUGUUCCCGUGUGAAUUAAAGCUAGGGUUGAAUGUUUGGACUUCAAA